GACCUGAGUGCAGCCGGACGGCAUGUGCUGAGUCAUUUACACAUGAUCCUGAUGAAAAUAAUCCCUUCAUAUAUAAUAUGUACAUAUACUGUAUAUUAGUUAUUUGGGUUCUAAACGCAAAGAUAUUCAGGAGUUAAGAUAUUUAAACUUUUUGAGAAGAGACUUUUUUGAGUUGGAAGUUGGACGACCUCUUGACACUGAAGCGUCGGACGUCUUGUCGCCAUCUGGAGAGUGGUGCAUCUUGGGUAGUGUAGGCUAACAGCAGCCUGAUGAAGCCCUGUGUGAAUCUUACAGGUGAUAAACAUGUGAGCUGACUCACCGUUGGGCAGAGGCACGGGGACGCUCGGCUGCUCCUGGCGUCCUCUCUGGAUUCGUAACGUCGCCCACUAGGAACACACGUGACCUCGGACAUUUAGACUGAACACACACGCUCGGUAAAGAUGAAGACGACAAAGUGUCUGAAUGUAAAAACACGACAACAGACAGGAAGCUGAGAGUGGACUGGGCUUCACGUUACCUCCAGGAUCUUGACCAGGAUCUGGAUGUAGACGCUGGUGACGCCCAGCGAGAGGCCGCACAUGGCCGGCAGCAUGAUGAAGAAAACCACCACGAACAUCCAGGCCUGGAACACGCCCACAGCCACGGGCCAGAGGUCGUCCAUCACCACAGGAGGUCACUGAUCUGCGGCUCCGAGGUCACGUCAUCGUCUCACACUGAAACACAAUAGAUGGACUGAGCCGAUUCUCCAGGGGAUGAAUCCUGAAGCAUUUUCAUCUAGCGCCACCAUCAGGUCAAACUUUGAAUCGUUCGAUACUGAAAUUCCUCAUCAGCUGUUAAGUCCCUGAAACUUUUAAAUAUUGAAUCAUUGUCUGUUUCUGUUUAUUUGAUUUUAAAGUAUUUCUGAAGGAGAAUCAAACACAAACAAACGAUUUAUUUUUACAAACUAAAUAAUUCACACAGAACUGGAGGAUUUUUCUUCAAAUGACUAAACACAAAUAUUUUCACAUGAGAAGCUGAAAAGUGACUUAAAAAAACCUCUGCUCACAUAUUCAUCAAUAAUAAAACAAUAAUUAAACAGAAUAUGAAGUAUAACAAAGUUAAUAAACAGUACUUUUACCUUUUGUUGGCACUUCUACAGGAUUUUAACUUUAUUAUAUAACGGUAUUUGUACUUUAAUCUUAGAGAAUAGUUCUCUGUGUUCAGAGUUCUCUGUAACACGUUAAGUACUUAAACUUUAAAUAAUAGAAGUACUUACGUAACACGAAGUGAAGAGUACUCGCUCCAGCUGCCCUGUACUCGAGUAGAAGUACUCGAGUAGAUGUUCAGUCUGACGGUGAAGAUGAGAUUAAACCGAACGAACUGAUUUAAACUGAUAAACAAGAGAAACAACACGAACUAAAUCACGUGAUUUAUUUAUUUACCUUUUUUCAGACGAGAGGAGAAAAAACUAACUGCUGGUCCUCUGCGACAGACCACGCCCCCUGCUGCUGCGUCACCCUGACGUGCUGACGUAGACUCCCUGCGCUGCCGUGACGCUCGCUAAAUCAGGAGGGACUGGUCCUGGGUCAGAGCAGCGUUGAGGAGCAGGUGACCAUCAGUGACUCUCAGCCUGAUCACAUCCACAUCGAGGAGAUCUACAAUGUUCAGAAGCACAUGACGUGUCCCAGGCUGAGCAGUUUUUACAACAGUGUUGGAGACGUGAACAUGGAGGAGCUACACAAAGUCCUUGCAAACAACAAGCAGGAGGACGUGAUUGGCUGGUACAGACAGAGACGGAACUCAGAUCAACGGAUGACGUUCAGAGAAAAGAUCGUCCACGAGAACCUGAAGACGUGUCUGUCCAACCCUCACAUGCUGUUUGUGCUGCUGACGCCCAGCAAGCUGACGUCUGCGGGCGCCACCCACCGGACGGAGUACGCCGCCUUCAUCUCCCGCAGCAGGACGUUCCUCAACGUUCGCGUCCUGGUCACUAACCUGGGUUUACUGGAGCAGCUGGCGUACUGGAAGAUGUCCACUUCCUGUUCAGCAGCAGGUUAUAACCUCACCAUGAAGAAACACGGGUCGAAUUUCUUCUCCUCCAACGGGCUCCUGAGGGAAGUCAAUGAAGUGAAUAAAAUGAACGACUCUCUGCAGGUGGAGCUGCAGAAAGCGUGCAGAGACGUGGAGGAGAGCGAGAGUCUGCUGGAGGAGCUGCAGGCCGAGGUCUCAGCGCUGAGGAGGAGAGUCCGGGAGAAGCAGCAGAACGAAGCGGGAAAAGAAACCGUCAGCGAUCCGUCUGAGCACAGGAACAACCUGCUGCUCCGCGAGGCGCUCACCGCUCUGUUCGCCAGCUCGCCUCUCUUCCACACACAGACUCUGACUCUGGAGGCGUUUCCUGUUCCUGUCGUCUGCGGCGCCAAACACGAUGAACACGUUUCCACGAUCUCAAAGUGCAACGCUCCCGACUCCAGAGAGACGAACUGUCGGAAGAGGCCGAGAGCGGAAACACAGGAGCAGCAGGUCCUGACUGGAGCACACGCCUGGUUCUAAUGGUCACAUGACUCUGAUGUCACGUUUGGAAGCAGCUGAUUGGAUCCUGACAAUGAACAGUUUGAUUUGUUGAGUCUAACACGCUGAAAUGUUCAUUGUAAAGAGAAACUAUUGUAUUAUUAUACUGUAAACAUUUUAAAGGUUCAGGUUACUCGGUUAAUUUUUUCUAAAUACAUUUGUUAACAUAAUGAAAAUGUGUUAUUACACAGUUUUUAAACUUCACAUUGGUUCAGUUUGUUCAAUGUGAAGAAAACAUCUUGAGGUGAACGACAACAAACUGACGACAAAAGACUCAUAAUUAACAGGUUUUAAUUCACAAAUGACACAAACGCACAUAAACACACACUCAUACAGACACGGGUCCGUCCCCUAAUGCAGAUGUUUGAUGCCACAGAUGUUGGGAUCCUUCAUGAACUGUGGGUGUUUGUGAGUCACCGACAUGAAACCUGCAGGAAAGAGUCGAGUGAAUUAAAUCUGAGAAGCUUUA